AAAGUCGAAACGGAGUGGGCGGCGUUUGUCACAGGCUUACAGCUCACAGGCAUUUUCUCGUAUGUACAGAAUAAUAUAUAGAUAACUCUCUCUCAUUCUCUCUCUAAGAUCCUUCGCUCAGUCUUCUCUCUGUUGUACGACGAUUUCUUCAUCUCUCUCUGUAAGUCUCUCCUACGAAUCUUUACUCUUAAAAACCACGUCAAAACCCUAAAAUUCGAUAUUCGAAGUAUUAUUAUUUAUUCCUGUGUUGGUUGAAUUAUGUUUAUUUUGUUCAUUGUAUUUCUUUGUUUCCCGUUUGGUUGUCGAGAAACAAAGAACUUCAGUUCAACAGUGUAGCACGCUUCUUGAAAUGAGUUUUUCACUUUUUGGAGGAAUAUCUGUUUUCUUCUUUUGAUAAGAUCCAGGAAUAGCUGUUGACAUCUGCAACAUGGGAAAAUCCUGGGCGGAUGAUAUGAUUCUCAGCUACAAUGAUGUUGUACUUAGGCGAUCAGAUUUGGACAUCCUUAGUGGUCCACAUUUUCUGAAUGAUCGACUAAUUGAGUUCUAUUUCAGUUAUCUUACCUCAUGUUAUCCUUCUCCAGACAUCUCAUUGGUGCCACCUUCGAUUGCCUUCUGGAUAAUGAAUUGCCCAGACACUGGAUCCCUCAGAGAUUUUAUAGAACCCCUCAAAUUGUCUGAGAAGAAACUGGUAAUCUUCCCAAUCAAUAACAAUGAUGAUGUAGAACAGGCAGAAGGUGGGACACAUUGGAGUUUGCUUGCAUUUGAGGAAAAUGCAAAUGUAUUUGUGCAUCAUGAUAGCUGUGGAGGGCUGAACGAGGCCCAUGCCAGAAAGCUUUACAAGGCUGUUGUGGGGUUUAUGGGUAACUCAAACUCUUCUAGAGCCCAGUAUCUAGAAUGCAAAGAUUCACCACAGCAAGCGAAUUGUUAUGAUUGUGGCCUGUAUGUUGCAGCUACUGCAAAGGCUAUAUGCUGCUGGUAUGGAAGUGGACAGCCCGGAGAAGGCUUGUGGUUUUCUGUUGUGAAGGAGCAGCUCACUUCAUCCGUUGUUGCUGAUUUGCGAAGCGAAAUGCUAGGGCUCAUUAGAAAUUUGCAGUAAAGCAUGUACAUCGAGGUAGGAACCAAAGGAAAGAAAUAAACGAGGUUUGAAAAUCUUGAACAGAACAUUAGUGUGUGCCUUGAACCUCGACAGGGGUGGGUGGGGUUUCUCCCUUAAGCGUCUCAUCCUCUUUUUUAGAGCCCCAUACUGGAGUCAACUUUAACGAUUAGAUACAUGGGUUGCAUAACAAUGCCUGUACCUGUUCAAAGUUACUUGACAUUGAAAAGAAACUGGGUGUAUAUUCUCAGUCUUCAACACCAUCUCUCAUAUAUUGUAGAAUGGCUAUCUCCAUAGUGAAGAAUAAUGCUAGCGGUUGGAAUUCUAUAUGAAGUUAUGUCCAGACUGAUGGGCUUUUUAA